CGUGAUUUCGGGUUUGUUGGGCUGAAAUGUGGCGGGUCUCUGAAGGUUCCGACCUCAGUAAAGAGAGCUGACGUCUAUUCUUCUUUUUCUUAGAUGCUGAGAUGAAUCGUCACCUGUGUGUUUGGCUUUUUAGACAUCCAUCUCUUAAUGGUUACCUCCAGUGUCACAUCCAGCUCCAUUCUCAUCGAUUUAGACAGAUACAUCUUGAUACAAGGCUGCAAGUUUUUAGACAAAACAGGAAUUGCAUUUUUCAUCUGUUAAGUAAGAAUCGGCCCAGGAGAUAUUGCCAUCAAGACACCAAGAUGCUUUGGAAGCAUAAAGCACUACAGAAAUAUAUGGAGAACCUGAAUAAGGAGUACCAAACACUUGAGCAAUGUCUGCAGCAUAUCCCUGUGAAUGAAGAGAACCGAAGGUCCUUGAACAGAAGGCAUGCUGAGUUGGCACCUCUUGCAGCCAUUUACCAAGAAAUUCAGGAGACUGAACAAGCAAUUGAAGAAUUAGAAUCAAUGUGUAAAAGCCUAAAUAAACAAGAUGAAAAGCAGUUACAAGAACUUGCACUGGAAGAAAGGCAAACCAUUGAUCAAAAAAUCAACAUGUUGUACAAUGAGCUUUUCCAGAGCCUUCUGCCAAAGGAGAAAUAUGACAAAAAUGAUGUUAUUUUAGAGGUGACAUCUGGAAGAACUACUGGAGGUGACAUCUGCCAACAAUUUACCCGAGAAAUAUUUGACAUGUACCAGAAUUAUUCGUGCUAUAAACACUGGCAAUUUGAACUUCUGAAUUAUACACCAGCAGAUUAUGGUGGACUACAUCAUGCCGCCGCCCGAAUUUCUGGUGACAGUGUCUAUAAGCAUUUGAAGUAUGAGGGUGGGAUUCACCGAGUUCAGCGUAUCCCCGAGGUGGGCCUGUCCUCAAGGAUGCAGCGCAUUCACACAGGAACGAUGUCGGUUAUUGUCCUUCCUCAACCAGAUGAGGUGGAUGUGAAAUUGGACCCCAAGGAUUUGCGAAUAGAUACAUUUCGAGCCAAAGGAGCAGGAGGGCAGCAUGUUAACACAACUGAUAGUGCUGUCAGACUUGUCCACAUCCCCACAGGGCUAGUAGUAGAAUGCCAACAAGAAAGAUCACAGAUAAAAAAUAAAGAAAUAGCUUUUCGUGUGUUGAGAGCUAGACUCUACCAGCAGAUUAUUGAGAAAGACAAGUGUCAGCAACAAAGUGCUAGAAAACUGCAGGUGGGAACAAGAGCCCAGUCAGAGCGAAUUCGGACAUAUAAUUUCACCCAGGAUAGAGUCAGUGACCACAGGAUAGCAUAUGAAGUUCGUGAUAUUAAGGAAUUUUUGUGUGGUGGGAAGGGCCUGGAUCAGCUAAUUCAGAGACUGCUUCAAUCAGCAGAUGAAGAAGCCGUUGUUGAACUUUUGGAUAAACACCUUAAAUCAGCAAAAUAAAUACUGACUUAUUAUUAAUUAUGAUUAUAUAAAUGAAAUGGACCUAUAUCAAGAGGCAGACUGAGGUUUGGAAAUCUUUAUGAAUAUUUGUAAAUUACAGCUAUAAGAACACACUACACAUAAAUAUAUGUUUUUUAAUGAAUCGAAGUCACAUUUCCUGACCUAAGAAUUUAUUUUAGGUUUCCUGUAAAGUACGAUCCAACUCAUCAGAUAGAAAAUAAGCAUGCAUCACUGAAAAGAGAAAGUAUUGAGAAGUGAUUGUGUGAUUUAGGACAGGUCACUUGUUCUCUUUAUACGCCUUUUUUCCCUGUCAUCUAUGAAUUAAUUUAAAUACAUUUUUCAUCUACUACUUCAGGAAAAUAUGGUAAAAUUUAGUGAAAUAUGAAUGACAGGCUUACUUAUAAACCUUUUAUUUAAAGACAAAGUACUUUGGCCUACAGUGGUUGCUUAUGCCUGUAAUCCUAGCGCUUUGAAGGGCCAAAAGGGGAAGAUUUCUUGAGGCAAGAAUUUGAUACUAGCCUGGGCAAAAUAGACCCCAUGUCUACAAAAAAAUUCAAAACAUAAAGAAAAAACAUAAUACUGUUAAUCAUGUUAAAGUUAAGACUUAGACUUCAACUUUUAAAUGGAAAUUAUGAAGAAUAUGAGUCACUGAAUAGCAAUGAGCAUCUAGGUACAGACUGUAAAGCUCUUUGAUUGCUGUAUGAAUUCCACACUAGAUAAACAAUAAGCUGAUAUUUUAAAUAGA